AUGUCCCUUCAUGCCAGGGAAGUUUCAGCUGAGCAUGCUCAGACGCAUGGGAGGCACCAGGCUCCAGCAGAACUCCUUCCGAGGAGCAAGGAGGACACGUCUAAGAACGCAACUGCCGCAAACCUGCAGGUCUCUCCUCCGCUACUGGACACCUGUCUAGCUCAGAUUGAUGGCAAUGUGGCUCCUACUUCAUGUCAUCACCCUGACGGAGGUCAAAGCCUCUGUUUCUCCGCUCCCUCCAACCCUGCCACAUCCCAUCCUGACUCCCAGGGCUGCUCCAUCAACGGUGUCCAUGCCUGUGUCUGUAUUUCCACUCGGGGAUCCGUCCCUUUCAAUGUCGUACUGGCUGAUGGCAGUAUGGUGGUUCCUCUGUGCCCCAAAGGGUACUUUCCUUGUGGGAAUCUCACCAAGUGCUUACCCCGAGCCUUUCACUGUGAUGGCGUGGACGAUUGCGGGAACGGUGCUGACGAGGACAGCUGUGGUGACACUAGUGGAUGGGCGACCAUAUUUGGCACAGUCCAUGGAAAUGUCAAUAAAGUGACAUUAACACAGGAGUGCUUUCUCAGCCAGUAUCCGCCACACUGUUCCUGUAGAGAGAACGAACUGGAAUGCAUGAACGCUGAGUUAAAAGCUGUGCCAAAGGUUUCUAGCAAUGUGACAUUACUAUCUCUUAAGAAAAACAAAAUCCACAGUCUUCCAGUGAACGUUUUCAGGAAGUACACAGAGCUCAAAAAGAUAUACCUCCAGCACAACUGCAUCACACGCAUAUCCAGGAAAGCAUUUUCUGGAUUAUAUAAUCUACGAAUACUAUAUCUCAGCCAUAACUGCAUAACAGCUCUCAGGCCUGGAAUAUUCAAAGACUUGCAUCAGCUCUCUUGGCUAAUUUUAGACGACAAUCCAAUCAGCAGAGUCUCGCAGAGGUCCUUUACUGGAUUAAGCUCCUUGUUCUUCUUGUCCAUGGUGAGUAACCAGCUAGAAGGCCUUCCUGAACGUCUGUGUGCCCAGAUGCCUCAACUCAACUGGAUGGAUCUGGCAAACAAUGAAAUAAAGUACCUAAAGAACUCCACCUUCCUUUCGUGCGACUCGCUCACGGUUCUGUUUCUGCCUAGAAAUCAAAUUGGAUUUGUUCCAAACAAGACAUUUUCUUCAUUAAAAAAUUUAGGAGAACUGGACUUGUCUAGCAAUAUGAUAACGGAACUACCAGCUCACAUUUUCAGCGACUUGCAUCUUCUCCAGAAACUGAACCUGUCGUCCAAUCCUCUUCUGUAUAUCCACCAGAACCAGUUUGGAAGUCUCAAACAACUUCAGUCUCUAGAUCUGGAAAGGAUAGAGAUUCCAAACAUAAACCCCGGCAUGUUCCAGUCCAUGAAGAACCUCUCGCACAUUUACUUGAAAGCCUUUCGAUACUGCUCCUAUGUUCCCCAUGUCCGAAUCUGUAUGCCCUCGACUGACGGCAUUUCUUCAUCUGAGGACCUCUUGGCUAACAAUAUCCUCAGAGUGUCUGUCUGGGUUAUAGCUCUCAUUACCAGCGUUGGGAAUUUCCUUGUCAUUGCCGUGAGAUCUCUUAUUAAGGCUGAAAAUACGACUCACGCUAUGUCCAUCAAAAUCCUUUGUUGUGCCGACUGCCUCAUGGGGGUAUACCUGUUCUUCGUGGGCGCCUUUGACAUCAAGUACCGAGGGCAGUAUCAGAAGUACGCGCUGCUGUGGAUGGAGAGUGUACCCUGCCGCCUCCUGGGCUUCCUGGCCAUGCUGUCCACGGAGGUGUCGGUGCUGCUGCUGACUUUCCUGACCCUGGAGAAGUUCCUGGUCAUCGUCUACCCUUUCAGCAACCUGCGCCCGGGCAAGCGCCAGACUGUGGUGGCCCUCGGCAGCGCUUGGGGGCUGGGAUUUCUCAUAGCGGCCAUUCCCUUCACCAGCGAGGAUUAUUUUGGCAACUUUUAUGGGAAAAAUGGAGUUUGCUUCCCACUUCAUUAUGACCAAGCAGAAGAUUUUGGAAGUAGAGGGUACUCCCUUGGGAUUUUCCUAGGUGUGAACUUGCUGGCUUUCUUCGUCAUUGUGUUCUCCUAUGUCGCCAUGUUCUGCUCUAUCCAGAAAACAGCCCUUCAGACUGAAGUGAGGAACCACAUCCGGAAGGAAGUGGCCGUUGCAAACCGCUUCUUCUUUAUCGUGUUCUCGGAUGCCAUCUGCUGGAUUCCUGUGUUUGUCGUUAAAACCCUGUCUCUCCUUAAAGUGGAGAUACCAGGUACUAUCACUUCCUGGAUAGUAGUGUUUUUCCUCCCGGUAAACAGCGCCCUGAACCCCAUCCUCUACACUCUCACCACCUCGGUUUUUAAGGACAAGUUGAAACAGUUGCUGCACAAGCACCGGAGGAAAUCGAUUUUCAAAGUCAAAAAGAAAAGUUUAUCCACCUCCAUUGUGUGGACCGAUGACUCCUCGCUUAGACUCGGAGUUCUGAACAGAAUAGCCCUUCGGGACAGUAUAAUGAAGCCAGUCUCCCCUUAGUGGUUUUGGGUCACGGGAC